UAUCUAUACAGCAUAGACAGCUUUCAAAUCUCAUUAUUCAUUAUCAACAUACUGCAAAGCAAGAUGGCUCCCCAUGUUCUCGAGGGCAAUGGCAAGGCUAUUGAGCCAACACUCAAGUCAAUUUCUGCAAAGGAUGUGCCAGUGGCCACCAUCGACUCUCCCAGCACUGUACAGAACCUAGCCCAGCUCCUAGCCAAAGCAGCCAGCUCCAAAGCUGGACUCAUCUUCUACACGCCUGGAGCAGAAGCCUCGCGUGUUUCGUACUCCGACCUUCAGAGCAAAGCUACGGAGAAAGCUCGGCUGUUAGGCCAAAUCGAUGGCAUCUCCGCAUCCUCUAUUGUCCUGCUGCACUUUGAGAACCAUCACGACACAAUCCUAUGGUUCUGGGCUGCCACUCUUGCAGGCUUUCUUCCCGCUAUUUCAACCCCCUUUGUGCAUGAUCCCGCGCAGCGCCUGAAGCAUCUGCGUCAUCUUAAAACGCUGCUGCAGGAACCCAUCGUCCUUACUACGGAGCGGCUUGUCCCGGACUUUCUGGACACUGAUGAGCUUCGUGUGCUUCCGGUCGAGGUACUCGGCAAAACUGCUAGCUCGAAUGGCUUAUCUGGCAUUAAGGCACUCUGUGGAACAGAGAAGCAAGCACAAGACCCAGCAGUCCUCAUGUUGACGUCUGGAAGUACUGGAAGCGCCAAGGCGGUUCCACUCCGUCAUGGGCAGCUUCUCACGGCACUGCAGGGCAAGAAAGAUCACCAUGGAACCGGACCUGGGGAUGUAUUUCUCACCUGGGUUGGAUUGGACCAUGUUGCUAGUCUUUGUGAGAUUCAUUUGCAUGCAAUGAGUCUGGGCGCCGACCAAGUGCUUAUCCCAGCCUCGGAGCUGCUUCGCGAUCCAAUACGCUUCAUCCAGCUGCUUGAUUCUCACAAAAUCGCCUACACAUUCGCGCCCAAUUUCUUCUUGACGCAGGUGCGGGACGCCCUCGUCGCCAACCCAAGUCUCCAAGCGGAUCUGUCUCGUCUCAAGAGCAUCAACUCGGGUGGCGAGGCCAACGUCGUCGCCACUAUCGACGGGCUCACUCGUGAACUGCGUCGAUUUAACAUCCAGCGCGAGGUGAUUAGUCCUGGAUUUGGGAUGACAGAGACAUGUGCCGGAUGUGUGCAUGCACGGGCAUCACCGUCCUACGAUCUAUCCAAAGGCCUCGAAUUUGCCUGUCUCGGACCAUGUACUCCCGGCAUCAGGAUGCGCGUGAUGCGUCCUACAGCUAGAGAUGAGCGCGCUGCGCCUGGUGAAGUUGGCGAGCUUCAGCUGUCUGGCCCUGCCGUGUUUACGGGAUACUUUAACAAUCCAGAAGCCACGGCUGCCGCGUUCACAAAAGACGGGUGGUUCAUCACAGGCGAUCUCGCCUGGCUGGAUGACUCUGGAUAUCUGAACCUAGCAGGGCGGACUAGAGACACUAUUAUCGUGAACGGAGUCAAAUGGAGUGCCACAGAGAUCGAAGUGGCUAUCGAAGAAGAGAACAUCCCUGGAGUUGUGCCCUCGUAUACCGUGGCCUUCCCUUGUCGUGCCCCAGGCUCCGCGAGCGAGGAUAUCGUCAUUGUCUACUCUCCUGCUUAUGCUGCCGACGACGCCGCAACGCGCUUUGAGACUGCCACCGCCAUAGCAAAGACCGUUGCACUCCUGACGGGGCGGAAGCCUGCCCAUUUAAUUCCGUUGCCGGCGGAGAUGCUAGACAAGUCCUCGCUGGGCAAGAUCUCACGGACCAAGGUGCGGACCGCAUUCGAAAAGGGCGAGUAUGCUUCCUUCGAGGAGGAAGAUCUCAAGAUCGUCCAAAAGUACCGCGAGUCCACGCAGCGACCUGCUCAAACCGAGACCGAGAAGCGAGUGCAAAGCACCAUAGCAGGACUCCUCAAGAUCCCCAUCGAAGACAUCAACGUGGACAUGUCAAUCUUCGAUCUCGGAAUCACCUCGUUCAACCUGAUCCUCCUCAAAGCCAUGAUUCAAGAAGCCGUCGAUGCACCCGUAGAAAUUCCCAUGUCUGUCCUAAUGACCGAUCCAACAACAACCGCCAUCUCCGCCUCCAUCGACAAACUCCUCUCUCAACCACCCACCUACAACCCCAUCGUGCCCCUACAACCCCACGGCACCAAAAUCCCCCUCUUCUGCAUCCACCCCGGUAGCGGCGACAUCCUCGUCUUCAUCGCUUUAGCAGCCCAAUUCCCCACGCGGCCCGUCUACGCCCUCCGCACGCGCGGCUACAACACCAACGAGCGCUUCUUCCACUCCAUCCAAGAAACAGCAGAUACCUACGCCCACUACAUUCGCCAAACCCAGGCCGAGGGCCCCUACGCCAUAGCGGGCUACUCGCUCGGCUCGACCCUCGCCUUCGAAGUGGGCAAAGUGCUUGAGUCUCAGGGCCAGGAAGUCCGCUUCCUGGCGAGUAUCGACUACCCGCCGCAUAUCCGGCAGUAUGUGCGCGGGCAGAACUGGAUUGAUGUAUUGCUUCAUAUAGCCUUCUUCCUGGAGCUGAUUGAUCUAGAUGUGAUGGGCGAUGCCGGUAAAUAUCUGCAUAGCCUUGAGAAGGAGAAUGGAGGGGAGGGGUUAUCUCGCUACGAUGCCCUCGUGCAUGUCCUAAACAUCUCUGAUAAGGAGAGAGUGCGCGCACUAGCUCUCAACGCAGAGAGAUUGGAACGAAUCACAGACAUCGGAGAGAAUUUCCGAGUCCAUGGCGAAACGUAUGAACCGAAGGGAACGGUCGAGACAUUGGAUGUGUUUGUAGCGGAUCCACCGAGCUAUGCAGCGUUGGAUAGACAGGACUGGGAAGAGAAUAAGCUUGGGGCGUGGAGGGAUUUCGCACGCACUGAGGUCGGGUUCUAUAAUUGUCCGGGUAUUCAUGCAACCAUGUUGAACCCGGUACAUGUACCGGAAUUUGUAAGGGGGUUUAAGUUGGCCAUGAAGAGGAGGGGGGUUUGA